AUGUUUGCGUACUUAACCAUUUUGAUUACCGUGGCGGCCUUAGUGGAUGGACAAUGUACCGUUAACAUCCGGAUGCAAUUGCAUGCCAGGGCACCAUUGUUCCUGCGCAACAAUCAGCUGUGGGCUCCGAACGGACCUUCUCUUCAGUGGAAUGCUGGCGAAUCGACACUCAUUGCCUGUCCGGGAAAUUCCAUCGAAAACACUGGAACUGUUACGGCCAACAUUCAGUGUGUGUCCGGGCAGACGUUCAAUCUUAACGGAGCCAGUGUGAACCUUGCCAGCGUGUCUUGUGUCACUAAUACGACGGGGUCUGUGCAGAAAACAACAGAAAGCUGUGGAUUUGAUGGAACACUGCUAAAUCUUGGGUUCGAUGUACCGAACGUAGGCUUUGUGACGUACAUCCAGUCAUGCUACAACCUGAACAAGGCUUCGAUCAUCUACACCCGUCAUGUCAUUCCUGGGGCGGCUAUAAACCAUAAAAUUAGUGAUUCUUACAGACCCGCGUUCAAAAUUGCCGGAAUGCCUUCGCUCGCCAACCCUAACGCCGCAUACACCCAGGCUCAGCAGAAAGUACGGUUUGCUCAGCUAUUAGGAUCCCAGGCCCAGGCUGAUCGUUUCAUUACUGCCAGCUCUUACCUUGCGCGAGGCCAUCUCUCGCCGCACGCCGACGGUAUUUUCCGACCUUGGAUAUGGGCGACCUAUUUCUACGUCAACGUUGCUCCACAAUGGCAGGUCACUAAUGCUGGCAACUGGUUGGUGGUUGAGAACGCAGCCCGCAACAUUGCUGGCCGUCUGAACGAGGACGUGCUGAUUUUCAACGGUGCCCAUGACAUUCUGACACUUCCCCACGUGAAUGGCCAGCAAGUUCCAAUCACGCUCGAGGCCGGAGGUAUCCAGACUCCGAAAUGGUACUGGAAGAUCAUCAAAUCGCCGCGCACGAAUGCAGCCAUCGCUCUAAUCAACAACAACGAUCCGUUCCGUACGAGCAUGCCGGCAGGAGAGUUGCUGUGCCCGGAUGUGUGUGCACAGUAUGGAUGGGGUAAUGCGAACUAUGCCAACUUUAAAAGAGGUUUUACAUACUGUUGUACGGUGGCGGAUCUACGCCGUGCCAUUCCUAGCAUUCCGGCCGAAGCAGAUGCAGCAAAUGUAUUGCGUUUCUAA